UCGAUCAUGUUGUUCUGAUGGUACAGGAAUCGUGUUUAAAAAGCAGCAGGUAAUUCAAAAACAAAAGAUAUACGUGACUACCAUGUCAGCGUAAACCAAACUCGGUAUUUCAAAAACUCGCCUAAAUGUGAGGUGCCUGUACUUAUGCAUGGUGCGAUUUCACUGGCAAAACCUUUCGCUGAAUCUCAGCAGACGUGACAAUAAUAAGCUGAUAAUGUGUGCGUGGUGUGUAUAUCUCUUGCAUAGAACAGGGCGGCACAGUGGCGCAGCGGUCGAGUUGCUGCCUCACAGCGCCGGAGACAUGGCAUCCUGACUACGGGUGCUGUCUGUGUGGAGUUUGUAGGUUCUCCCCGUGACCUGCGUGGGUUUCCCCCGGGAUCUCCGGUUUCCUCCCACACUCCGAAGACACGCAGGUUUGUAGGUUAAUUGGCUUGGGUUCAUUGUAAAUUGUCCCGUGUGCGUGUAGGAUAGUGUUAGUGUGUGGGGAUCGCUGGUCGGCGUGGACUCGCUGGGCCGAAGGGCCUGUUUGCAUGCUGUAUCUCUAAUCUAAACUAAACCUGCCUAACACGAGAGGUGCCUGCACUCGUGUAUAGUAUGAUUUGGCCUGCAAAGCUUUUUAUGCCGUCUCAGUACACAUAAUAAACCCAUCAUGUAUGUGUAGUGUGUGUAACUCUUGAACAGAACUCUGUGUUAUUUUACACACAGAGACCCUGAGCAGGGAAGUGUUUGUCAGGGUAAGUGAGAUCCGCCUUAUUUAUUCACAGGUUGCUUAUUGUUGCUCCCUCUCUCUCUCUCACACACACUUUCUCUCACUCUCUCAGCUUAUUAAGGAGUGUGAGCAUGCAGGGCUCGCAACAAGGACGGCAGCACUCCUUCCAGUCUCUCUCCGUCGCCUUUCCAGACUCCUCCAUACAGCCAUCAACUCCAAGCAAACGUGUGGCACUGUGCAGCCUGAAGGGGGCGAUGGCGGCUUGCAAAGGCAUCUGGACCAAGGCGUUCUGGAGAGCGGUAGCGGGCGAGUUUUUGGCCACCCUCUUCUUCGUGCUCAUCAGCAUCGGCUCCUCCGUGAGGUGGGGAGGGGUGACGGGACCCACGGACAUCCUGCUCAUCUCCCUAUGCUUUGGCCUCAGCAUAGCCACCAUGGUCCAGGGCUUUGGCCACAUCAGCGGCGGGCACCUUAACCCAGCCGUGACCGCCGCCAUGGUCUGCUCCAGGGAUCUCACUCUGGCCAAGGGCAUCUUCUACGUCCUAGCCCAAUGCCUGGGCGCCAUCGCUGGGGCAGGCAUCCUCUACCUCGUCACCCCUGCUGGCGUCAGGGGCACUCUCGGAGUCACCUCGAUUAACGAGAACCUCUCCGCUGGCCACGGGCUGUUGGUGGAAAUGCUCAUCACGUUCCAGCUGCUGUUCACCAUCUACGCCACGUGCGAUUCCAGACGCGACGACCUCAAAGGCUCAUCAGCGUUGGCCAUUGGUCUCUCGGUCGCCAUUGGACACAUGUUUGCCAUUAACUACACUGGUGCCGGCAUGAAUCCUGCCAGAUCGUUUGGACCUGCAGUUAUUAUGGGGAAAUGGGCCAACCACUGGGUUUACUGGGUCGGGCCAACAAUGGGUGGAGUUGUGGCAGCUGCCUUCUACAAGUACCUCUUCUGCCCAGACAAGGAAAUGAAGAACCAUUUCAAAGAUACCUUAAGGCCAACGCAGGCUCCUGGGGAUAAAUAUUCCGAUGCGGAAGAGGGAAAGGGACAAACCAUUGAGUGUGUGGAGCUGGCUGUGACACCAGGAAGCUCUCGUUCCCUGGAUGGGUUUAACGUUGAAGCAAAGAAGAAAGACAAAACUGAAGAACUGUUGACGCCUGUAUGACUAGCAAAGGGAAGGAGGAACGGAGAGAUGACUUGUGAAACUUUGGUUGUCGACGUUGUUCCUAUUAAGGAAACUGAUCUAUUAUAAACGUACAGCACUCUGUAACUCUUUCACGCCUUGAACACGGAUUAAUCCAUUGUAAGGACAAUAUUAGUGUACUACCCAAGGACUAGCACGAGAUAUACGAUCUGCCCCCUUCACAAACUCAACCCUUUGCCCAGUCCCAAUCGUGGCGGGACAACUUGAAAGGAACGAGAUGGAAUCAUGCGUUGACAUGAUCGAAGGGUGUUUGGUCCACAUUGGGGGCGUAGUGGCACAGCUGGUCGAGCAAACAGAGGCCCGGGUUCAAUCCUGACCUCGGCCGCUGCCUGUGUGGAGUUUGCAUGUUAUCACAUGUUAUCACUCUUUGUAGUCCGAUUUCUUCACAGAAAAUGUGAUUUGGCUAGAUUAGUUGGUGGCUGUCAAUUAAGUUUAGAUUUAGGUUUACUAUUGUCACCUGUAUCGAGGUGUAUAUAGCGAAAAGCUUUAUUUUGACUGCUAUCCAAUCCAAUCAGAUAACACUUUGCAUAAAUACAAUCAAUCCAAACUCAAGUACAAUGGGUUGAGUGAAGACUCACGGAUUCAUCGAUCUACAGUGCAGAAACAGGCCAUUCGGCCCAAUGAGUCUGUUGACCAAAGAUAGAUACAAAAAGCUGCAGCAACUCAGCUGCGGGUCAGGCAGCAUCUCUGGAGUAAAGGAAUAGGUAACGUUUUCGAUCGAGACCCAUCUUCAGACCAUCAGCCAUUCAUUUACACUAAUCCUGUCCCACUCAUAGAGCCGUAUUACACAGAAACUGGCCCUUCAUCCCAACUCCACCAUGCUGACCAACUUAUCCCUUCUAAACAUCUUCGCCUGUGUUUGGUCCAUAUCUGCCCAAAACUCUCCUUUCCAUGUGCCUAUUAAACGUUGUUACAGUACCUGUCUCAACUAACUCCUCUGGCAGCUCGUCACACAUACCAAACACAUCCAAGUGAAAACGUUACUCCUUAGGUCCCAAUCAACACCUACCCCUCUCCCCUUAAACAUUUGCCCUCCAGUUCUUGAUUGCCCCAAAUUACCCAGUCUGGGUAAAAGACUGUGUGCAUUCACCUGAUCUAUUCUCCUCAUGUUCUCCUCAUUCUCUAUAAGAUCACCUCUCAACCUUCAGGUACAAUCUAUCCUUGUAACUGGCAACACAGUGGUGCAAAAGAAGACACAAAGUGCUGGAGGAAUUCAGUGGGUCCGAUAGCAUCUCUGGAGAACCUGGAUAGGAGACAUUUUGGGUUGGGACCCAUCUUCGGACU